AUGAUGUGUGCGCGCAAGUUUCUGGAAAAGAUGAAGCAACCAUCCACAAAUUGCAGGUAGUUUUUGGCCAAAUCAAGAGAGGAUAGAGCUUUAUCCUCUCUUGGCCAAAUCUAAUUUAGUCAUUUAUUUAUUUUUUCCCCACACUCCAUCAUAUAAUACCUUAGAACUCAAUGCAAGUAAAGCAAGACUUCAUCAGCCACUUCCAAGUUGCUUAGCCUGCGAAAACAGCCGACAUUUAGCGACGCUACCACUAGUUUCCCCGCCAAAUGACGUCUGCGAGACGAGCGCAGAAAUUCCAUACUGAUGACGCGUCACUACCCAGAUCUGGCUAGUGCUUCUGAUUGGUCGUGCCGAGUAGGAAACUUGAUUCAACCAAUAAGAAGCACUACCCAGAUCUGCUUAGUGACGCGUCAUCAGUAUGGAAUUUCUGCGCUGGUUUCUCAGACGUUACGUUAUAUGACGGGGAAACCAGAGAUAGCGUCGCCAAAUGUCAGCUGUUUUCUCAGGCUACAAGUUGCCCAAAGCAGUCUCUUUCAAGGCAAGUCUUAAAGCCGAAGCUGUAAAGGAAUCCAAGAAAGUCUUGGAUUCUGGAUUAUAUUCCAGGUACUGAAUUCCGUCUUUGUCAGUGAAGCUUGGAUUCCGAAUUCUAAUCGUUUAUAGUGAGAUUGCGGAUUCCUUGAGCUGUUUUCCGGAUUCCACAAGUUAAGGAAACAUUUCCCAGGUUUAUCUAAAAAUUGUCUUUCUCUUUCCUUUCUUGACUCUGUUAGUCAUGAACUCAUGAAAUACAGAGAGUGUUUCAAGAACUUCACACUUAACCAGUGCUUUGGCGAUUACAUAAGAAGCAACCCACAAAUGAGACAUCCCUUGAUGCGAAUGGCGGGCAUUAAGUCUAGACUCCACAACUUCGCUCAAAUGAUGUGCGGUAUCAUGAACGACUCCCAUCCAAUCAAUACCACAGGACUACCAGACAAAAUCAAGCACAUGCUUAAAUGCAAACCGGAGUAUUUCGAUAAGGCCAAAGACUGCGCCAAACCGUUUCACGACAUGUUCAAAAAACCCAACCGAGACUCAAGCGACCUGUGCAAGUAAGAUAUUUUUUCAUGGCUAGUUUUUAUUGAAUGUUUCAAUAGGCCAUUUCCGAGUUCACCCAGGCCUCUGCUUCAAAACGAGGGUAGGUGCUCAGCCUUUGCUAUGGAAAUCAUUUUUCAUCCUCACGCAAAUAAAACUCGUUUUCACAAGAAAGGUUGUGCACCUAGCCUCAUUUUGAAAGUGAGGGGUUUUGGAACUCGGAAGUGGCCUAUUAAUUUUUCCUUUAUUGAUUCCAUAUUUUUGUUUCUCGUUGUUGUUGUUGUUGUUGUUUUCCCUUUGUUUUUUUUCUGAGAGAAAAACGUUUUACUAUUAAUUACCAAUCUCGUUCGGCUUGUUUCAAGAACAUCUGUAUGAACAACGUUUAUCUUAGAUUCAUUGUUUAUGCCUGGUUCAAUUUGACCUGUUACGAUGCUCCCAGCCCGGCCAUACCCCCCGGGGGAAUUUGCAAUUUUAUUUCUUUCCCAGUGGUCUAUUCUCCACCACCGAGCUCCAUGAUCGACCUCAUAUACGUUUUUUUGUGCAAAUCUUUUUUAGAGCAAUAGCUAUUUCCGUACAAUAGCAAAACACCCGAGAAGUUUUCAGAACUUUUAUAAACGUUUUUUAGAUUUCUAGAGUUUAUUGAGAGAAGGAUAAUCUGACAUGUAUCAUGUAGUUAAAACAUGAACAAUAUAUUUAAAAAGGAAAUUAAAACGAGGAAAAGAACUCAUAAGCGCCGCCACACUGGAUUGAAUCUCUGUUUAUUUAUAUAAAUCAAAAGCCUUGUGUCCGUAUUCAUGUACAGUCUAUUUAAGUUGUCCAAUUUUUAAACCAGGCUGAAGAAUACUUUAAAUUUCUUUGUUUCUUUUGCAACAAAAGAAUCCAUUCGACUACGCACCAUUCGCACAUCCGUUUGAAAUUUUAAAACAUACCCUCGAAAAUUCGUUGUCUUGGGUUCCGUAGCUUCAUGCAAACCGCGCGAGGAAUAACACGUACUUCACAAAAUCGAAGAGAAGUUCUUUUUGAUCUGCCCCACCACCCUACCCUUGGGACAGGACCACUUCAAACAAUUCCCCACCCCGGGUCUGAAAGGCUGGACUUGUUCCAGGGGUUGCCCGGAGGAAUGGUAACAGGUCAAAUUGAACCAUGCAUUACGAUACUGUUCACUUUACAUAUACACGGACCAAAUUCGACGGACUCAGAGUUCAAAAUUUUGUCCCAUUACCUUUGUAGCAGAGUCCAGCCUAUUCAGUUGAUAUUGUUACGUCUUCUGAUUCGACUUUCUUCUUGACCCACACAUUAGCCAUUACUUUCCUGAUUCGGUGUAGUUUGAUUAGAUUUGAUUUAACAGUAUCUUAGAGGAGACCCGUCACCCCUCCCCCCUCCCGCCCCCCUCAUAUAAAUCUCGAGGUUUCAGGAGGCCUCCUCGCCAUUCUUGUCGCAUAUCUAAUUUAUGUUAAACUAUCUUUGUUAUUUGUUAACAUCUUAAGCAUUGAUUUUCGUCUAGCCUGUAACGAUACAUCGCAUCGUAUCCCACAGUACCUGCAAAUGUCAAUCCAACCUUCUGGCAAACAAUAACUAUCGGUCUAACUAGUAAUAAAAUGUUUCAGUUGAUGAAGAAAAUUUCUUUAUCAGGCAAUGACAUAAACUCCUCGCCUCCUUUGAGUAACUCAUUAGAGAGCUUUAGAUUCAAGGACGAGGACAACUACGAUGUGAGAUUUGACUCAAAGUUUAUUUGCGUAUUCUCAAAAUAUAGACUCCCCAGAAAGCUUCAUUUUACCAUAAUUUUCACUGGAAAUGUUAGCACUGUUACCUUUAUACUGAAGGAGGUUACGCCCUCUCCCAAUCGCAAAAUGGUAAAACUUCAAACAUUUGAUAUUUUGUUUCCGCCACUAUGACAUUCUCGCUAAGACUCGUAUAGUAGAUUGACGACGACUACCAAGUUUUUCCGCCAAAAUGGCGUUGGUUCAGGCGUAUCUCGUACUCGCAGUCCUACUCGUCUUAGAAUCUAAAGUUCUCUAUUAACUUGAAACCGCGGUUCUGCUAUUUGCAAAGGCAUUAUAGGCAGUUGAUAAAUAUCGUUUCCUGAUUUAUAGGGGUUACCUGAUGGCAAAAGUAUGCAAAGGACGUCUGAUGAAAGAACACUGCGAAUUUGAAAGGCCACCUCCUCGGGAUCAGUUCAAUCCAUUUUGCAAGGGCAUGAAGGACCCGCCCUAUCCACGGGGAGGCGCCGAUAACGUUCGUACAAGCAUGGUCUUCCUUUUUGUCUGCCUUGUUUUUGUUCUUUUCUUUCAGUAGGCCUACUUAAUAGCUUCAGGAGCCCAUAUCUCGGAGCUGAGCAACCUUUCGUGUAUUCGUGUUACUGCGGUUUUAAAGGCUAACUAGAUUGAUUUUGGC